AUGGGCCGGGACAUUACGGUCCCGGCCCCGUCCAUCAUGGCCCAGGAUUCGGACCACAUCCAGGAUUCGGAGGUUACGGAAGAUACGGCUAUGGCGGAUACGGUCGCUAUGGAAGAUAUGGCGGAUACGGCCGCCCAUUUUAUUUUUAAUCAAUUCGUUUUCAUGUCCUUGGCGUUCUCGAUGCCGCUACCGCAAAAAGCUAUACUCCAAAAUAUCGCGCCGGGACACAAAUCGAGCACGUCGGAGAAGAUUUAUCUUGCGAUUCAGCAAAUAUUAGCAACAGUUCCCUAUGAAGAAGUCGAAGAAGAAAUUGGAACAAUGAAUGAGAGAAUUCGAGAAGUGAUAAUGAAGAAGCUUGAAAAUGGGCUUUUCUAA